AUGUCUGCUAAUUCUCAAAUAAAAAAUCCUUAUGAAGAAAAUCAAUCACUUUCAAAAAAAAUAUCUAAACAUCGAGGAUGGGGACGUCCUGAUAUCUUUCAUAUGAGAGGAUCUGUUAUCGUUGCAAUUAUACCAAUUGUUUUCUUUUCAACGGUUAUUUCUACUGUUGUAACUGUUUUGUAUAUUGUUUUUGAUAAAAAAAAUAUCACGCUACCUGAUAGCAUAAUUGGGUCUGUUGCCGUUGUUGUUGGUCUUUUAUUAGCUUUUCGUACAAAUAACGCUUAUGAUAGGUAUUAUGAAGGAAGAAAACUUUUUGGAGCUCUAUGUACUCAAAUUCGUAAUGUUUCUCGUCUUACUUGGGUUGGUAUUAGAGAAUUCAAAAAUCCUCAGGAUCAUAAUGAAAAGGUUGCUAUUAUCAAGAUGCUAUUAGCAUUUGCUGUGGCAGUCAAGCAUCAUUUGAGAUUGGAAUUUGGUACAGAAUGGUUUGAUUUAGAAGAUCUUCUUCCUGAUGGAUUUCAAUUGGCAGUAUUUGAUGGAAAUGCAGGACAAGAGAAUACAGAUUUGGGGGGUGGAGGUAGUGAAGAUCAUAGAGAUGACCCUAAUCAUCCUAGUAAUCGUGACUUACCACCAAGUGAAGCACCAACAAUUGUUGUCCAUAAUGAUAAUAAUCAUCAUGGUUUACCACAUACAAAAGCAGCAAUUCGUUCAUUGGCAGGUUCAUGGAGUCAAACUUCCAUUUAUUUCAACAAUGGUAGACUUAAGGAUGAUUCUCAAUUGGAUGCAAGCAUGAGUUUACCCUUGGAAAUAGUUUUUCAUUUGGGUGCAUAUUAUGAUAGACAAGUUCUUGAUAAUAAAGAUCCAGACAAUCCAAGAAUUACUGGAGCUGCAUUUGGUGCUAUAUCUGGUUCUUUAAACACUUUAAUUGAUGUUUUAGGUAGUUUAGAAAGAAUUGGCAAUACUCCAAUCCCAUUUGCUUAUAGAAUUCACUUGAAACAAGCUGUAACCAUUUAUGUUUGGGUUCUUCCAUUCACGCUUGUUUCAAAACUUUAUUGGCUUACGAUUCCAGUUGUUAUGAUGAUUGCUUUUAUUCUCUUUGGUGUUGAAGCUAUUGGAUCUGAAAUUGAAAAUCCAUUUGGUUAUGAUAGAAAUGAUUUGCCAUUAGAUGAAUAUUGCAAGGAUUUGGAAGCAGAAAUUAAAUAUUUGCAAAAGUACCUUCCAUCAAAUUCAGCAAAAAACAAAAAAACUAUUUAA